UAAAAUAAUAAUAAAGGAUAAAGAGGUUACUGUAGCUUCGGUUUCUGUGACGGUUAAUAAAAGAAAACCAAAGCAUUCAAAUGGCGCAGUUGUUGAAAGACGAGGAAGAAUUGACGGUGGCAAUGGAGAAGACAGCGAUACACCAUGAAGAAUCACCAAUAGCGGUGGAGAAGACGGCGACGACGCACGAAGAAUUAUCGGUGCCGAUUCACGCGUCGCUUGAGCCGGUAUACGGAGGGGGAUCUCAGCUCGAAGAGGCUCAACUUCGUUUGGAUAGAUUGAAGUCUAAGUUUCUUGAAGUUUUCGGUCAUCAGCCUGAUCUUUACGCUCGAUCUCCAGGGAGAGUCAACUUGAUUGGUGAACAUAUUGACUAUGAAGGAUACUCGGUGUUGCCAAUGGCAAUUCGCCAAGACACAAUCGUGGCGAUAAGAAAACACAAGUCGAGAGAGGCUCAAAAGCUUCUUCGAAUUGCUAAUGUUGAUGAUAAGUACACCAUUUGUACUUAUCCUGCUGAUCCUAAUCAGGAAAUUGAUUUGAAGAACCAUAAAUGGGGCCAUUAUUUCAUUUGCGCAUACAAAGGCUAUUAUGAAUAUGAGAAAGCUAAAGGAGUGAAAGUUGAACCACCGGUUGGACUUGAUAUUGUUGUGGAUGGGAUAGUUCCAACAGGUUCUGGUCUGUCAAGCUCUGCAGCGUUUGUUUGUUCUUCUACAAUUGCCAUCAUGGCUGCUUUUGGUGUGAAUUUCCCAAAGAAAGAGCUUGCACAGCUUACAUGUGAAUGUGAACGACAUAUUGGAACACAGUCUGGUGGGAUGGACCAGGCAAUCUCUAUCAUGGCCAAAACUGGGUUUGCUGAACUGAUUGACUUUAACCCUAUUCGUGCAACUGAUGUACAACUUCCCGCUGGUGGGACUUUUGUGAUAGCCCAUUCUUUGGCAGAAUCUCAGAAAGCAGUUACUGCCGCUACAAAUUACAAUAACAGAGUUGUUGAAUGUCGAUUGGCUGCGAUCGUUCUUGGUAUAAAGCUGGGAAUGAAGCCAACAGAGGCUGUAUCUAAAGUUAAAACUCUUUCUGAUGUUGAGGGAUUAUGUGUAGCAUAUGCUGGUAAACAUGGAUCUUCUGAUCCUGUCCUUGCUGUUAAGGAACUUUUGCAUGAGGAACCAUACACUGCUGAAGAUAUUGAAAAGAUCAUUGGGGAAAAGCUAUCAUCAGUCUUUGCAAAUAGUCCAACUUCUUUGGACGUACUAAAAGCUGCCAAGCACUUCAAGUUACAUCAGAGAGCUGCCCAUGUGUACUCUGAAGCCAAGAGGGUGUAUGCUUUCAAGGACACUGUAUCCUCAAAUUUAAGUGAGGAAGACAAGCUGAAGAAGCUUGGUGACCUUAUGAAUGACAGCCACCACAGUUGUAGUGUUCUAUAUGAGUGCAGCUGCCCAGAGUUGGAAGAACUGGUAAAAGUGUGCCGUGAUAAUGGCGCUCUAGGGGCAAGGCUGACAGGGGCCGGAUGGGGUGGUUGUGCGGUUGCUUUGGUGAAAGAGGGCAUUGUUCCACAGUUCAUCCUCAAUUUGAAGGAAAAUUUCUACCAGGCAAGAAUCAUCAAGGGUGUGAUUAGCAAGAAUGAUCUUGGGCUUUAUGUUUUUGCUUCGAAGCCAUCAAGCGGUGCUGCUAUUAUCAAACUUCAGUCUUCUUCCGCAAAUCAUUCCAAACAAGCCUGAUUUUUUAAGCUUGUUUAUUAAUCCCCAUGUAAUCUCUACAUUGUUAUGUACUGCGUGAGUCCUUAGUUUUUUACUUUUUAAAUGGUAUAUUAUAAUAAAGCUCUGUAUAAUUUUUAUUCUCGGA